GCGCCCUCUGACCUAAGGUGGUGUUGACUGGGUGGGCAGUGGGAGGGAGGGUGUGAAAGAGGGUGGGUGGGACGUGGGUGGGUGGGUUGCCGAUAGUAUAAAUAUGGGUGGUGGGUGGCAGAGUGAGUUCAGUGACAGGCGGGAGUGUGGGUGGAGUGACUUCCCUCUGAGACCAGGUGACAAAAAGGGAACCACGGCGAACGCCCUCAAUGAAGUCUUUUCCUGUGAAUAUUAGCAAUACGACGAACUGGGAGGCGUUUGCGAAGCGGCUUUAAAACGCGAUGCGAAUAUAAGAUCCGCUCAGUUGACUUCAGACACUGUGAAGCAUAACUGCCUUAAGAUUUUACGGUGAUACAAACCCGCGACAGGAAUUACGACAAUAAUACAAAAGUGAUAAGUGUUUGCAAAGUGCCACAGAGCAAGACAGAUAGUCACGACUCAGUAGUAUAUUUAGAGGAAAAAAAACAGAUAACAACAUCAAUCAUGCCGGGCCCCAUUCUGAGCAUGGUGGCGGAGUCGUCGGACGAGCUGGCCGUGUUCGAGUCGUGCGAGGACGUGCAGGAGGCGUGGGCCAGCAGGAACGGCAACUACGACGACGGCGACCACUUCGAGGAGUGCCAUAACCAGCACUUCGAGAUCGAGUGCCGGACGACCUACACCAACGGCGGGACGGGGGUGGUUGAUGGGGAGGAGGAGGAGUACGAGGCCAAAAAGGAGGGCGAGGUGCUGGUGACGACGAAGGUGGUGAAGGAGGAGCUCGUCGUACGCGAUGAGCGGGUCGUGGAGAGCAGGAAGAGAGCCUUGCUGAAGGAGAAUCUGCCAGAGGGAGUCCCCGCUUGCCUGCAGGAGGACCUGGAGGACAUGGAGUGCGACGAGGACGAGGAUGAGGUCAUGGAGGACGCGGUGGAAGCCAUCAACACGAGCGUGGUCGAGGCCAAGAUCAACCUGGACGUGAGCGGCGCCCUCACCAGGAGGAAAAUCGGGUCCCUGCAGAUGGGCCGAACCCUCUCCUACGCAGACAAGGAUGACGCAGAGGAGCCGCCCACGCGCCGCCCUCGUCCCUUCGCCCACGCCCGCGACAGCAUCGAGUUUGGAUCUCCAGACCUUCGAGGCUCCAGUCUAGGCGAGGAGCAGCGGUUCCCCGGCGGCUCGCGGCGCGCCGUCCGCGUGGUGCGCAACCCGUCGUACCAGGCCGCCAUGCGAGGCCCCUCCACGCUGGCCCCCCCGCAGGUCACGCCGCCCCCCUCCCCCGGGCAGCAGACGCCGAGCAGCAGCUGCGAGGGCAGUCCUGUGCGGGAGGGCUCCCCCGUCACCAUCAGGGAGAGGUCCCCCUCCCCCUCGCUCAGCGGCAACAACAACAACAACAACGAUGCGGCGAGUGACGUGUCAGGCAGCAGCAAGCGGAGUGCGUUGGAGCGCGCGCCCACCGCCCAACACGCUGCCAACAUGCCCCGCAGUGCCUCCUUCAGCGGCUCGGAGGCGCCCAUCCCUGACGCGCUAGGCAGCGGCAGUCUCUCGCAAGGGAACAGCCGCGCCGGAAGUGUUUCGCCGCUGCCGUCGCCUAUCCCCCGGAGGAACGGCGAGGACCAGCCGUCCACGCCCGUCAGGGGCUCCGUCAUCACACGCAGCUUCCGCAAGCUAUUCAGCACACCCACGCGGACGCCACCCCCGCCCACAGUAACGACCACAGCGCCGCCAGAGGACUACUGGCUUGACGUGGCCGACGCGGACUCGCCCGAGCCCGUCCGAGUCGCGUUCGUCGUCGCGCCUCCGCCGCAUCAGCUCCUCGCUCUCCCGCCGCCUCUCCACGCGCUCCAAGAUGAGCAACUCCUCCACAGGGUCCAACGGCCAGUUCGCCGCCAACGGCACCGUCCAGUUCGAGGACUGCCGCCAGCUGGUCGAGUACGAGGACCUGCUCAAGCUGUUCAUCUGCUCGGGCUGCCAGAUCACCAUGGUGCCGCCCCUCCACCAGUGCCGGAAGGGCCACCUCAUCUGCAACACCUGCCGCGCCUCGCUCAAGCAGGUGUGCCCCGUGUGCCGACAGCGCUUCGCCGAAAGCACCAACCUGAUGAUGGAACAGGUGAGACGCCGGUCGGGCGCCCUCUGCGCUCUCGCUGACGCUCUUCUCUCUCCCGCUUUGCAUUACUCUCUUUCUUUCCCCCUCUCUCUCU